AUGAAGAAAGCUUUAUUGAUUGGUGUCGAUGUCGGUGGAACUAAUACCGACUGUGUCUUAAUCGACCCUUCGGAAUUUGGUAACGAGAAUAAGGGUGUCUUAAGCUGGAACAAAGUGGUGACUACGGCCGAUGUUUCGAAAGGUAUUGAGCGAGGAAUUUUGAAGCUACUUGAUGAUUGCAGUCAGAUUGAAAAACAUGAUAUCAUCUCUGUUACAAUUGGCACUACGCACUUUAUCAACGCUGUUAUCGAGCAGGAUCAAGCCAGGUUGGAUAGGGUGGCAGUUCUAAGAUUAUGUGGGCCCUACUCUCACAAUGCACCGCCUUUUUCAGAUUUUCCCAGAAGAUUGAAGCGGAUACUAAAUGGUUACAUCGGCUUCCUCAACGGAGGUUAUCAAGUUGAUGGUAACGAGAUUCAACAGUUGGAUGAGGCCGAGAUCAUAAAUCAUGCUGAAGAAAUCAAGCGUCUUCAUCUCAGGGCAGUUGCCAUUGUAGGAAUCUUUUCUCCAAUGAAAGCCGAUCAGGAAUUGAAGGUUAAGCAAAUUUUACAAAGGGAGAUCCCAGGGAUUAGAAUUGCCAUUUCCAAUGAGGUUUCCGGGAUCGGCUACUUGGAAAGAGAAAAUGCGACCAUAUUGAACGCUGCCACAAUGAAUUUUGCCAACAAGAUCAUCACUUCUUUCAUGACGGCCAUGGCUACGUUAGGUUUAUCGUGUCCUCUUUUCUUGACGCAAAAUGACGGUACGGUUUUACCGGCAGAAGAAUGUCGUCGUCUUCCUAUUAAAACUUUCUCUUCUGGUACUACAAACUCUAUGAGAGGUGCAUCUUUCCUUGGAGAUGUCCAUGGUAAAAGUGUCGUGGUUGUCGAUGUUGGUGGAACAACCUGUGACGUCGGUCUUUUACUUCCUACUGGUUUCCCUCGACAAUCUUCUUCUUAUUCCAUAGUCGGUGGUGUCAGGAUGAACUUCUCUAUGCCUCAUGUCGAGAGUAUAGGUCUUGGUGGAGGCUCGUAUGUCCGCACUGACACUAAGUCUGGCCUGACAGUGGGUCCGGAUUCUUCUGGUUGUGAUAUUGUAAAUCAGGCCUUAGUUUUUGGUGGUGGUAGAAUUACUGCUACUGAUGUUGCUGUUGCCGUGACCAAAGAUGACCAAGGAAUUGACCUUGAGAUUGGUGAUGCUGCCAAAACUGUUGGUGUUUUUACUGAGGAAUUCAAAGCUGACUUUAAAGAUACCAUUAAAAAUAUGUUAGAGAAAGUCAUUGAUCGCAUGAAGACCAGCCCUGAUGACAUUAGUGUUUUGGCAGUUGGUGGUGGCUCCUUUAUGGUUCCGGAGACGUUGGAAGGAGCUACUCAAGUGAUCAAACCUCUUUAUUACAGCGUGGCCAAUGCUAUUGGUGCAGCAAUGGGUAAAAUCUCCUCCGAAGUUCACGUUAUUAAGAUUCUACUUCCUGGAGGAAUCACAAAGGAGCAUAUUAUAGAGGAACUAAAGGCCGAAGCCGUUGAAAAAGCGGUUGCUAAAGGUGCAGUUAAAGAAUCUGUUAGCAUAGUGUAUAUUUCUGCUGAACCGAUUCCUUAUGUGUCCAACACGUUUGAAUUUUUUAUUAAGACUAUUGCGGAUGUUGACUACUCUCGGAUUCAGCUAGAAUCGGAACCUAAAGUGGGUUCCACUGUUUCUGAAAUCAACCUCCUUGAAACCUCUUUAGAAAGUGAGGAAGUUACUAAAAAUGCCAGCACUGCGAAGGAGAGUAUUGAGGCACCGGGAGUAAAUUACGUUACAUAUCAGCCUUUUAUCAAUGAGAAAAGGCAGUGGCUCUUGAGUGAAACAGAUCUUGAAUACAUCUGUAUUGGUUGUUACAUUGUUGGAAGUGGAGGUGGAGGCAACCCGUACUCUUUCUUCUUGGAAGCCAGAAAUUUAUUGCGUGGGGGCGACACAAUCACCGUUGUCGACGUUAAAGAUGCCUCCAAGUAUGUCCAUGGAGAUGGAUGUAUUGCAUCCAUUUGUUAUGCUGGAUCUCCUACCGUAUCUCAUGAGCAACUUUCUGGUGAUGCCCUCAAAGUUUGCUAUGAUUAUAUGGCUAAGUACCUUCAGAAAAAUCCUGAAUUGUUGUUCCCAAUCGAAAUUGGUGGGGGUAAUGGUUUGUCUCCUUUUGAAAUUUCGUCGUCCUCUCGAUUGAAUAUUCCAGUUGUGGACUGUGAUUUAAUGGGUCGUGCAUAUCCAACCCAUUGGCAGACUAUUCCGGUUGUAUACGCCAAACCUAACGAGAGUUGCUAUCCCCCUACUGUUAUCAGUAAUGGUAAUUCCAAUACCAUGAUUAUCGCCGAUUCCAAGACAGAUGCCUUGCUUGAAAGGUGUAUGAGAGCUGCAUUAUCCGAGAUUGGUGCUACUGUCGGUGUCAUGAAUCCUCCAAUGACCCAGCGGGAACUUGAGUUGAAAACAAUCCAUAACUCAUUGUCCCUCUGUUGGAGAAUUGGUAAAGCCGUCAAGAUUGCCAGACAGAAAUCCGAAAUCGAUUCCCUUCCUCUGACUAUUCUAAGUUCCAUCAAUGAUUCCGGAAAGCAUUUGUUUUCUGGCAAGAUCGUUGGAGUCGAGCGCACGUUGCGGAAGGGCCAUAUAUAUGGUGAGGUUACCAUCGAAGAAUUGGAAGAACCCAGAAGAAAAAUGGUCAUUCCAUUUAAGAAUGAAAACAUUUAUUGUAAGCUUCAAAACAACGAUGGAAGUGAUUCCAAGGUAGUUUGCUCAGUGCCCGAUUUGAUUGCAGUGAUCGAUGCCGAUACUGGAGAAGCGGUUGGAACUCCUGAUUACAGAUACGGUCUCCUUGUCUUUGUCCUUGGAAUUGCACCUAGCAACAAAUGGACUGACUCGGAAAGGGGUCUUGCUAUCGGUGGCCCUGAAGGUUUUGAUCUUGAUUUGGAGUAUCAUCCAAUCAGUAAUUAUUCUCCUCCAUUAUCUGUAAUAGAUGAAUACGGACAAGAAUAA